AUGCAGGGUUUUUCUGCCGAGGAUUUGCGCAUCAUGGUGCGCUCCGUUUUGUUCGUAUGUCUGGGGAACGUCAACCGCUCCCCUACAGCCGAGUACAUCUUCAGGGCGAAGCUGAAUCUUCCCAAAGCUCCCGGUGGCUCCCAGGGGCCCCUCUAUGUGGCCUCUGCUGCCACUGGAGGUCAUACCGAGGGAGACCCUGCAAUGAGGGAGAUGAUUGCCGCCGCAAGGAAAAGAGGGAUCGACUUGACGCCUCACCGAGCCAGACAGGUCAGAAAAUCUGACUUCGAGACAUUUGACCUCAUAGUGGCGAUGGACAGAUCGAAUCUUCGAAACCUCUCGUCCAUGUGCCCCCCACAGCAGAAGCACAAGCUCAAGCUUCUUAUUAGGGACUAUGCCCCGCAGUGUGGCACCGAAGAAGUUCCCGACCCGUACUACGAAGGGGGGCAUCUAGGAGUUUUUGACUUAAUAGAAAAAGGAAUUGAGGGUCUGAUCGAGAAGGAGGGCAUUUCCGCCUGA